GUCCGCUUCAACUUGGAUCCUUUCGGCGCCAAGUCUGACGAGGAGUUCCAAAGCCCUGUUACUGUUUUCUUUGGAUACGUCUUGGAGAAAAGCCAGUUGAAGCCGAGAAUCGAGAGCGCCGGAGGUCUGGACAGCAAGGUGGAAGAGGGCGGCGGCAACUAUUCGGUUGGGGAGCUGCAGCUGCUCUGCUUGGCCCGUGCUCUGCUACGACGACAGGAGACGGGUGGACUUCUGCUUCUCGACGAGGCCACAAGCGCGCUGGACCAGGAAACCGACCAGACGAUUCAGAAGGUCAUCAGGUCUGAUUUCAACUGCACCAUCAUCACUAUCGCACACCGGAUCCAAACCUUGAUGGACUACGACAAGGUGGCGGUUUUCGAAGGUGGCAAGGUUGUGGAAUUCGAUUCGCCACAGGAGCUGCUGAAGCAACCUUCAAAGUUUCAGGCGUUGGCCAAAGAGGGCGGUGUGAUUGCUUGA